ACCUCUAACAUCAAAGAGGCGUGGAAAGUGAACUGAGCAGGCGUAUGAUUGAGCUCACUCGGAAGCAAAGUAAUAAACGGCGUCUGGGUGGGUCCAUAACGAACAUAACAAAAGAAAAGCUCAGAACCAUGUCAGGGUUUUUGGACAGCAUCCAGUGCGGAGAAUGCGAGUGCAAUGUGGACUGGGGAGAGAGGCGAAACACCAUGGCAUCUAUAGCUGCUGGAGUCCUGUAUUUCACUGGUUGGUGGAUAAUCAUUGAUGCAGCUGUGAACUAUCCAGAUGAGGUGACUUUCCAUCACGCCUAUCACGCCUGUGGUGUCAUCGCUACUGUGGCCUUUCUCAUGAUUAAUGCUGUUUCGAAUGGCCAAGUGAGAGGGGACAGCUACAGUGAAGGUUGCAUUGGACAGACAGGAGCGCGUGUGUGGCUCUUCAUUGGCUUCAUGCUGGCGUUUGGAUCUCUUAUUGCUUCCAUGUGGAUCCUGUUUGGAGGCUUCGUAGUGCCCAAGAAACCUGUUGUGUAUCCUGGUAUUGCGGUUUUCUUUCAAAAUGCAUUCAUUUUCUUUGGUCUUUUCUUGCAGGGGCUUGGUGUUUAAAUUUGGACGCACCGAAGACUUGUGGCAAUAAUGAUUUCUCUCCAUGUCAUAUGAUCUGUUCUCUUUUUCUGAGACAGUUUACACUUUGUUCAAUCAAAACACCUACUUUCCGUUUUUCAAGCGAUACAAAAUAUUAAUUUUGUAUGAUAACUUUUUUUUUUUGCUUUUAGAUUAACAUGUGUUUAAUUUAUUAGUAAAUUGGUUGUUGUACAAAUGCACCUUCUACAAUAUAAAAAGCACAAUUUGCAAUUUAUCAUCUCUUAAUGCAAUGUUAUUUUCUUUUCACUCAAAGUAUGGAGCUAUUCUGUUACAAUUUGCCAUCUUACAUUAUUUAUAAUGGAAACCUUCAAAAACAGAUUAUUUACAAUACCCAUUUGUGCACUCUAAUGAUAUAUUUUGCUCCAUUUGAUGAGGAAAUUUUCAUUACUAAGGUACAAACAUCUGAGGAGGAAAAGACAGGACAUAUGUAUAUAUCUCUCAGAGUGUUAAUGUUGGAAGUAGACUUACUUACUGUACAUUUACUGAAAAUAAUUUAACCUUGAAUGUGGGCAAACAAAAGUUUUACAAUAACUUGUCAAGAUGUGGAGUCUCUAAUUGGGUAGUUAUACUGAACCAUCAUUUGAAGGUUCUUAAAUCAAGCAAGUUUUAGUGUGGUUUGAUUCUUCAAGGUUUCAAUGCGUCUCUAUUCUUUGACUAUGUAUUUGACUGUAAUGCUUAUACAUUUACAGUACUUGUAUAAUAACCUAACCAUGAGGUCACUUUUCUGAUCCUGAGAAACCAUGGCAGCAUUAAACACAAAAUGUACAACACA